AUGACAUCUCAAAUGCGGCGCUGGGCUCUCCCAGUUUUGGGGCGGAGCUGCCUGCAGCGGUGGAGGCAAGUGGCGGUGCGUGGGGCGGCGACGGGGGAAAGUGUUUUCUGCGCGCCCAUCCGGCGCCCAGCACGGCCAGCGGCGAGCAAAAUUCGCCCCGACGCCGUGCGGCAGCCGGGUGUCCUGCCGCCGUGGCCGGUGGACGGGAUUGAGUUCAACACAAGUCUUCCCAGCGGCGGCCACGACAAGCGCCGCGCGAGCGAAAAAACCACGGCGCUCCUUGUGCGCCAAGAGACUUCUCCGGCGGACCCCGACACGACAAACACCGGGGAACUCCCGCCCCCGCAGACGCCGACGGAGCACCAGUGGCGUGAGCUGCAUCGUGUGGAGAAGACGGAGGACGGGGCACGUGCGCUGGCCGCCGGCGGUUGGGUGUGCGGGUCGUGCUUCCGUUGCAUGCCCCAUCGUUCCCGCUCCGUCUGUGACUUUUGCCACGCCGUCCGCCACGAUGCGGCGGCGGCGGUGGCAGGCUGGCGUGAGGAUCACACCACUUGGUUUUGCAGUCGAUGCCGCGAAUUCAACUUUGAGCGUGACUUGGCCUGCCGCUGUUGCGGGCUGCAGCGCGACGCGCAGUUUGAGCUGCGUGUGGUGCACCACGAGCGGGUGCUGGACGAAAUCCAGCGGGCCCCGGUGGGCUCCGUGAUUGUGACGAGAAAUCGUGUCAUUCGGUGGCGUUGCACGGGGUGUUCGGAGUCCAAUGCGCUCCAGUCCUCCGUCUGUCGGCACUGCAACAAGGAGCGCUUCGACUUCACGGUCACCUGCCCCACGUGCAAGGCGUCACAGAAGCUGUGCAACAAGCAAAUGUACGGUUCUGAGCCGGCGGACCACAUCCAUGCGUCACGCCCGUUUGGCCUGCAUAACUGUUUUCCGCGCCUGGCCCCUGAGCAGCGCUGCACGGCCUGCGGAGGUUCGCUGCACGGGGCGACCGCCUCUUCCCGGAGCGACGCAUGGCUCUGCGCCUGCGGGCACGUUGGCAACGCCGCCACCCUCUCCUGUGCGCGGUGCCGAUUCCCCCGCCGUCUGCCGCAGACCGCCACGCUCGAUGAGUUGCUGCGGGUGUGGGAUUUUGCGGGGGCCAAGAAUUGGUACUGCGAGGGCUGCAACCACGUGAACAGGGCGUCGCGGCACAUCGUGGCGUUGGAGCGGCACGGCCGCUCGCCGCUGCUGGACGGCAACACCCCCACGAAGCGCGGCAGCGUGUGGAAGAUGGCCCGCAUCGUGCACGGCUCCUCCCACUGCGAGUACUGCGGGAUUCAGUGGCACCACGAGCCGCUCAACGACGGCCAGCACUGGCGCUGCGCCUGCCACAAGGUGAACCACAACGACGACGCGCACUGCCAAGUCUGCCGGCUGCCCGCCGUCGACGACGUCCGCUCCGACGUGCUCUCCUUCUGGUCGCGCGGCGACUGGUACUGCCUGCGCUGCCACCGCCAGAACUACAGGGAGAAGGUCGUCUGCGCCUGCGGGGAGCAGCGGCCGAAGGGCUGA